AGAAACGAGUUUUGUCCAUGUUGCCGAGGCGAAGAGAAGAUGAAGCAGCUAGCAGUAAUGCUAAUCGAUUUAUGAAAGGAAACGUAACACCUUUCUUAAGAGGUUUUAAAUGUAUACUCUACAAUGGUAAAGUUGAGGGCAAGAUGUCUGCUUGUCGGGGAUGCGGCAGUGGGCAAAAGUUCUCUUUCUCGGAUCUUCUACAGUGAUGGAUCUCUGUUCCAGAAGAACUAUAGCUUGACAACAGGAGUGGAGCUGUUGAUGAAAUGUGUCAACAUCCCAGAGACCAAUGACUCAGUGGAGCUCUAUAUCUUAGACUCUGCAGGGAAGGAGACACUAGUGGAGGGCUGCGAGAAAAUGUGGGGCGAGCCUUCUCUGCUGUGUCUGGUGUUUGAUUUGACCAAUGAGCAGUCUCUUGCUAACUGCACCUAUUGGAUGGAAAGAGUCCGUGCACACUGCAAAGGUCUCCAUGUACCAGGUGUGCUUGUGGGCAACAAGUCGGAUCUCUCCAUUAGAAGGGAAGUGCAAGCAUCUGUGGCCAAAGAGUGGGCCCAGAGCCAGGGACUGGAGUAUCAUGAGACAUCAGCUAAAGAGAUGGACAACUGUGAUGCACCACUCCUCAGUUUAGCACAAGCUUUCUAUUCUUUUUACCAGGAGCGACGUGAGGCCAUCCAGAACCUCAGCCCAUGAUAGACUUCUUUUUCUUCACCACAGUCGCACCGGCCUGGAAGAAGCUGAGAGACAUUGAGACAUAACAUAAUGAAAUAAUUGCAUUUAGAAAAUAUGAUUUUCUGACAAAUUUCUGAAUAUUUUGAUGCAAAUAAAGGACUAAGAAAGGA